AGGUUUCGUUUCUUUUCUGCUGCAAGUCAGACUGUCUGCAGACCUCCUGAUUCCACCUCUUCACUCUGAUCAGGACUUUUUCUGCCUUCGAAUCACCUUAAAGUGUGUGACCGAUCACUGGAUGAAAAACAAUGAAGGAGGAGGAUCUGUGUCCUGAGAUGAAGGACUGGACUAAACAUCAAGUGAAAGAAUGGGUGCUACAGCUGGAGAACGUAGAGGAAUCUGCUGCAGAUAUUCUGCUCCAACAAGACAUCAAUGGAGCCAGUCUUUUGCUGCUAGAUACCCAGGACCUGACCAAAAUGGGGCUCACUUUUGGACCAGCUAAACUUAUCAUUCAUGCAAGGGAUGAGGUGAUCAACUUAAAGAGCAAGAAGCCAACAGGUUCCUCCAGCAAGCCUGGAAAACCCAGCAAACCGUAUCCGUUCUGCAGAUACCACGAUACAUUCAGAUAUGUGGAAGGCAGCAUCCUAGAUGUCACUGAAUCAGGCGCCUCGGACUUGAUUGAGCCCUGCCAUGAAUAUAAAGCUUUUAUAAAUGCCCCUGAUGAUGAAACUAGAAUGACCAAGUUCACCUCUGAGGUCAUCCGCUUUGCAGCCGCCUGCAUGAAUAGCCGCACCAAUGGUACCAUCCAUUUUGGAAUAGGAGACAAGCCAGACUUUGUGCAUGGGCAGGUUUUGGGAGUGGCAGUUGGUGACAAAGAGGCGUACGCCAACGGCCAAAAAUCAGCCAUUGAUGCUUUCUUUGAACAUAAACACAAACAUACAGCUGAGAUGUGCAUUAAACCACCAAGAUUUGUUGAGGUUCUGAACAGAAAUGCAACAUCUGCUGAUAAGUGUGUGAUCGAAGUGGACAUCGAGCCUCAGUUUGCCAUCUGUGAGGAAAACGUCUUCCACACCUACAACACAAAGAAAGGCAAGAAGAAGAGCAAAGAAACGGAAUCAAAGUCUUUCUACAUCAGAGACGGAGGUAGCAGCAAGGACCUUCUUGCAUCAGACACGUCUUCCAAGGAGUACGAGCGGUUUGUUCACCACAUGGCCAACGAACUGUCAAAGCUCCGCAAGAACGCAGAGGAGAAGCACUUUAAAAGGAUCAAAAACACAACUCAAGGCUCCAGGUUAGCUCACAUGAUAACAGGCGGAACAUUGUCAUUGGAUAAGUCCCACUUUGAACGUUAUGUCAUUGUGACAAACAAAUCUCACCCAAGCCAUUUUGAUCAUCUGAGCUUUCUCAUAGAGCUUGACCCAACAGCUGUUUUAGACUUCGAUCCUGAGUCAGCUAAAAAUGGAUUACUGACUUACUUUGACCAGCAGAGCACAGUGAGCCCACAUUUACCAGCAAAAUAUAAAAUCACAGAGGGGGUUGAAGACAUAGCUAACAAGUUAAAGUUAACCCGAAACACCAGCUGGGUGUUUUGCAAUGGAGGCUUUGAGCUGGAGAGCCCCUCAGAUGUUGACCAGUGGUUGAUGGAAAAGGGGGCCUCGGUUCGAAAUGUGAUUUCUUUCUUGUGCCGAAAAGAAGUGCUUCCAAACAAGAGGUUCCUGGUCAUUUUCCUGCUGUUGUCAACAGUGAGGGAGAGAAUGGACCCCCUCGUCGAGACCUUCAGCACAUUCUGGCAGGAGCUCCGAGGCACAGACCAAAUCCUCUGUAUAUGUGAAAAUGAAAAUGCGUUUACUUCAUGGAAGGAUCUCAUCGAGGCUCGGUGUGGCAUUGACAUCUCAGGCAGAUGUAUAUACGAGCUCAGCUUUGCUGAAGUCAAUGGGACCAUACUUAGUCUCUGGUCCAAAAACCGCAGAGCAAUCCGGUUUCUACCAUGCGGAGGUGAAAGCAAGGUGCCUCUUGAGAAAAAGUUUGAGCGAAGCCUGAAUACCUUAGAGGUACUCUGUGUGAACCAGUGCGAAGGAGGAAAUGAAGACAUGGUUACCAUAGAGGAGAACUUCUACAAAGGUGGAAAUGUCUCAUGGUGGAAUUUCUAUUUCUCUGAGCAGCCUGGAUCAACACCAUUCAUCAAGCGAGACAAGUUUGACUACAUCAUGAAAACUUUUAUUCCAGAACUAUGCUCCCUAACAAAGGCCUGUGUGCUGCUCAAUCUUCUCCAUGUACCUGGAUGUGGUGGAACCACAUUGGCCAUGCAUUUGCUGUGGGCUCUUCGGGACAAAUUUCGCUGUGCCGUCCUCAGGAAGAAAUCUGAGUUUGCAGACGUGGCUGAUCAAGUGAGGAAACUUUUAACGUAUUCCUAUGAUGAACAAACACCGAGGAUCCCCGUUCUGCUGAUGAUAGAUGACUUUGAUGACAUGGAGAAGGUUUAUGACUUACAGCAGAUCAUUGAGAAGGAGUGCUCCCUGUCCGGAAAGGUAAUCCUCCUGAACUGUAUGAGAUCAGAGUCGACUGAGGUGUCAGAGCAAACUGCAGACACCGUUUUCAUUGGGAACAGUCUCUCUGAGAAGGAACUGAAGAUGUUUGAAGAAAAACUUAAAGAAAUAGAAAAAACACACAAGAACUUUGAAACAUUUUAUGGUUUCAUGAUCAUGAAAAAGAACUUUAAAGCAGAAUAUACUGAAGGUGUGGUCCGAAACACCCUGAAAAGCUUCAACAUGAACCAGAAAAAUGCACAACUCUUGGCCGUUUUGGUUCUAUUGAAUGUUUACUGCAAGAGUUCCUCUCUCUCCGUGUCCUUGUGUGAGGACUUUCUUGAUCUGCAACCAAAACCUGUUUGUGGAAGCAUCAAAGUUGAAGAUGGAUUUGGGAAGUUUUCCAACUUGAUUGGCAUUUGUAAUGUAGAAGGUAUGGUGGUCUACAAAGCAGUUAAAAUAAUCCACUCAACUAUUGCAAGGCAAUGUUUGCAAGAACUGGCAGCUCACAAUGUGACUAAAGCAGAAAUUAUUGACCUUCUACUGACCACAAACCAGCUUUAUGAGUGCACACAAGGCAAAAGCAAUCUCUUGGAAGAUGUUCACUACAUUUUAGUGAAACGAAACUAUUCAUUGGAAGAGGAAUCCCAGUUCUCCCCUCUCAUUCAAGAAAUUGCCAAGGAAACAUCUGGACAAGAAGAGAUGGUUCUAAGAAAUUCCUCAAAAAGAUUUGAGAAAGAUGCCAUCAUUUUUCAGUUGUUGGCCAGGUACUACUACCUAAAAAAGAAGGAUUUUUCUGAGGCAAAGUUUUGGGCAGAAAAAGCAAAAGAGCUUUCCAAAGACAGCUCAUAUAUUGCAGACACAUUAGCACAAGUCAUUAAGCAUAAACUGAAACAUGCAAUCACAAACUGCAAGGAUGUCGGCCCACAGGAAUUGAAUACUUUUCUCAAAAUGUCCCAGUCAGCAAUGGAAGCAUUCCAGGAAGCACAAAACCUUGCGAAGAAGGAGUCCCUUCAACGACUAACUAUCAAAACAGACAACUGUCCUUUCAAUACUUCAGGAUGUCUUGGAGAAAUCCAGGUUGGACUUCUCCUCAUUGACUUGCUAAAGAGGACCCCAGUAUUUUCUCCAGACAGUGUCCGCCAUGACAUACUGAGCAAGAUUCUCUCUGGAGAAGUUAAACUGGGGAGCAUAGAGAGAAACGACCCCCGAUGCAAUAAGAACAAAAGCUUCUACAUCAUUCUGAGACAGUUUGAGGACGUACUGGAAAACCUGAAGUACAGGAUGAAGUUAAACAUUGACUACCUUGAUAAACUUUACGUGAAUCUUGGCUCCAGGUUUGGAGUGAAAGACACCCGUGAGCAAGUAGCCCAAAAUGAGCUUUACAGAUGUUUCAGAGAGUACACCAACACUUUUUGCAAGACAGAAUCUGCUCAUCUUUUGAAAAAUAAGUUGAUGAAUUUGAUGGUGCAAGUCGACCUAGCAAGGCAGUUCCUUGAGAGGGAAAAAGCUGACAGCUACUCUGGGAUCCUGAAUUUCCUGUCAAAGGAAUUCUCAGCUGAAAGGAUGGAGAAAGUUGUCAAGACAUAUCAUUUUGUUUGCGAACCUCAGAACAAUCCAACAUCAAAGGAAAGAAUCAACCUGAUCUACGCCAAUGUUGUGCUGAGUUGCAUCAAACUGGGGUCACGGCUUUUGUACAAAUACCAAGACCUGCUGAAAUUCCUUUGCCAAGUCCUACAUGAACCAACUCCAUCCAAUGAGAACUUGCCUCUGCUUUUCAUUGCGGUUGUAUUGAUGUGGCCAACUUCACCAGAUCUGUUGCACAGAGAUCUGGGACGGUUCAUCUCGCAGAUGAAGACUGCUUAUCACAAUACCCUGAAAGAAGUUUACAAUGGCAAAAGCCCCAUAGUUCACUUUGUGUUGGGGAAAAAGCACGGCUAUGAGCGACUUGUGCCUAUUCGAGCAAUCCAAAGUUGCAUCACAGAUGAACAGGAACAGUUUGCUUCCAGUUGGAGAAAUGGUAAAAUCUGGAAGGAGAAGAAGGUGAGGGAGCUCCUCCGUAGGGUCACAGGUACCGUGAACCGUGAUUGGAUACUGGCAGACACCUGCAUCCGUGAUCUGAGGCUAGAAGUGAUUCCAAUGUACCGAAGCCAGAUCAGUGCAUAUGCUGAUGGGUCAAAAGUGUCUUUCUUUCUUGGUUUCUCAAUGAAAGGCCCACUGGCACUGGACAUUGAACAUCAGCGUUAGAGUCGCACUCAGACUGAUAAACUCACACCUAAAGGUUUAUUCUAGUAGAAAAUAUCCAUCCAUCCAUUUUCUCCUGCUUAGUCCUUGUCAGGGUCACGGUGGGGCCCAUCUCCGGCAGUCUAUGGGCGAGAGGCAGGGUACCCCCUAUCGCCAGGCAACGCAGAGACAAUGACACAAAACCACGCACACACACCUAAGGACAAAUUAGAGAAUAGUCAUGUUUUUGGACUGUGGACAGAAGCCAGAGUACCUGGACAGAACCCACGCAUGCAUAGGGAGAACAAGCAAACUCCAUGUAGAAAUACCCCGAACCGGGAAUCUACCCCAGAACCUUGCCGCAUGGCAUCAGUGUUACCCACUGCCCCACCGUGCAGCCGCUAGUAGAAAUGAAUGCAAAACAGUAUGUUUGGUUGAUCAUUGUACUGUAAGACAGCCUUUAUAUUGUGUAAGGGAAGCUACUGCUGAAAACUCAUUUCUGUUGGGAUUGCUUCAGAUGUUUUAGACACUCCAUCUGUUUUAGUGCUAAACAAGAACGCUUUAAGUGAGCCUCUAAAAAUCAUAUUUCAGCAUAAAGAACAGACUUUUUAAAAAAUGAUAUCCUUCUUAUCCUGUUAACUCCAAAGUUCUGUUGUAAGGUGCAGCUCUGUUCUAAUAUAUUAAGCAGAUCCGUUUCUAUGUUUCCAGUGUUUUAAAGUGAAAUGAAAUAUCCUUUAUGUUCUGUAUGAAGUCUUACCAUUUAACUUUUAUCAUGUUGCCAUUACCUGUAGUUUUGUAUGAAAUACGUUUCUUUUAUAUUUCUUGAAAAGAACAAUAUACGUGGAUUUCUGUUUAAUAACAUUUUAAAUAAAGAUGCACUGAAUUAUGAAAUUUGAUCUAUUCCAUUUUGAUCUACUUGCACUGAUGCAUCUGGUCCUAAAAUGGAAAAAGGCAUGUUGGUUUUAUUUGAAUGUCAUGGCUGAAUUUGAAUGUUGGUUUUAUGGGUGGUGGUCUGCUAUCUAUGGGAUGUGGUCAAAAUAUUAGAUUUCUAUUCUUUCUUAUUUCAUAUAUUGAUUUAUACUAUUUCUAUUACAGAAAAAUGUUUUCGCCUGCAAAGCCACAAAAUGUCUGAGUGAAAAGUGUUUGGGACCAGUAAUAUUUUUUUCCCAUAACAAGUCAGAUUCUUUCUCAAUGUGUAUUAAUAACAUGUUAUUGUUUAACCAAAGUGUCUGUAAUCUGUUUUAACUCUGACUAAUUUCCAUUGUUGUAAUUAAGGGAGCGAAACGUUGGCCGGAUCAGAGCAGGGCUGAUUACUGUGAGGCCUGUUGAUGUCUUGUUCUCGUUUUACUUUGCAAAUUAAAAUAAA